AACCUACCGAACCCUGUUAAACACCUGGUCCCUAAUGCAUGAACAAACAUGUAUCAGAAUUAACAUUCCCCGCUUUUUUCAUAUUUUGACACAAUUUUGUACGUUUUUUCUUCAAAGAAAAUUACUAAAUAAAUAAUUGACUCGUAUAUUUGGGUAAAAUUAUCCUUGUGAUGAAGUGUGUGAAUUUAAUUUCUUGAGGUGUCGGUGAAAUAGUCGAGGUUAGAAUCGUCCAGAAAUUUAUUACGUUGCAUUUCAAUUGCGAAUCUUCAAAAAUUAGAUAACAAUGAGGAAUCAUAGACUAGAGGGAAUUGCACGAAAAUCAAGAAUAAGAAAUUGUCUAUCAAUGCGACAAAGGCGACGAAUACGAGAAGAAGUGAAACUUAUUCAAGAAUCGGUUGCAGUUGAGAAUAAAAGAGAUGAAAAUAGGAAAGAAGGGCAAAAUUCAAUUGCUGACGAUAGAAUUAAUCAACAGGAACAACAAAUUCAUUCACAGAAUAUUGUUUAUAUUCAAAGUCAACAACAAGUGGACAAUUGUCGUGUUCCACAAUUUGUUCAACAAUCGGCGAAUUCAUUUCCUGAUACGCAACAAGUUGUCGAUCCCCUACUACCAACGUCGACAAUUUCCGAAAACUUUUCUUUUUCCAUGAAUUUUCUUCCUGGUCCAUCUGGUUUUCAAGAUGGUGCACCUGCUGAAAAUGGUUUGUCUUCCACAUUUAAAACGGAACCAUUUACGGAAAAUAAUCAAGGAAUGGAAAGUGGGGGAGAUCAACAACAACAAGCACCUCUAAAUCAUCAGGAUCAUAAUCUUGAUAUUGUAUUAGAAUUGAGGAAAUUAAAUUUGAAAAUGGACACAUAUAAUAAUCACCUUCUUGCAAUUAAUUCUCGACUUGAAACAAUUGAACGUCAUGUGAUGCAAGAGAAACGAAAAGGCCAAGCUCCGGCGAAACCGGGCAUUAUUCCGAUGCAAACGGUUCAAGAAGUCAUUGAAUUUGACAAUGCAAGUGAUGAAGUUUAUAAUGGAUUGGUUAAAUAUUUAAAGUACAUUGGAGGUUUCACGUUACGAGAAGCAUUAAAUCUUUGCAUGAAGGAAGUUCUCACUAAUGAUGUCGCCAAUAAUUUUACAUGGCAUGGAAAGGACACUGGUCACGCACAAGUUGGACUUGCUUUAUACAGCAGGCAAAUAACAAAUGCAUUUUAUGAAGCAGUUUCUCAAAGUCAGCAUUUUGAACAACCAACGAGAGCAAUGUUUGCCUCACAGAUGCGAGAAGUUUUACGUAUCGCAAAACAGCGACUACGAAAUUCCCUUCGCAAACAACAGGUUCAACAGAAUUUCGAUGGAGAUAGGGACGACGAUCCCUGGGAAUAAGAAAUUUGAAAAAGAAUUUUUUUUUUCUGUAAAA